UGCCUGCGAUUCGAUUUCAUAACCUCGUUGGCUCGGCUGGUUGUAUUUUAUUUACUUAAAUAAGUCUUGUAUUAAAUUUGUAGACCGGCGAAAAUGUUGACGCUGCGACGUGGAGAGCAGCUACGUGCGCGUCUAAAUGCCGCCUGCCGCCGCUAUCUGUCCGUCAAAGCGGAGCCCAAGGCAGUGACAGUGGCUGAUGCCGAAUACACGGCAGAGCCAGAGUAUCCCGUCAUCAGGGAUCUCUCGUACAAGAGCCGCAAGCUGCAGACGGCGGCCGAGUGGCACGAGCAGAUACGCCAGCUGCCCACCGUUGAGGAAAAAAUGAUCAAGGUGAAUAUGCCGCGCUACUAUGGCUACAAGGUAGUCGACCUGAACGACACCAAAAUACCCUACAAUGCCCUGCCGCUGACGCAACACUACACGCGCACCGUGCUGGAGGAGCUGCCGACGCCACAAGCUAAGACGGAGGACAAGAAGGAUGACUUGGAUGCGACUGUAAAGAUGGCGCGCGACGAUAUCAUCGAGGCAUUGGAAUAUGCCCACGAUGUCUACAAGCAUCAGCUGCAGUUGAUGGCAACCCCGCCGGAUGCCGUCAAGCGCGAACAGCAGCUGACGCAAAUCAUUGUGGAGCUGGUUAACCGGUCGGCCCUGCAGGUGCUCAGUGCCGACUAUGGCCACCUGAACGAGGUUGAAAUCGACUACAAUCCGCGUCACGAGGCCUUCUGGGCCGUCGGCGGUGUUGAUCCGCCCAAGAACGUGGUCAAAUCGAAGGAGGGCCGCCCCUGGCAGAAGGACGAUGCGCACGACAGUUGCGAUCGUUUGGUGCAGUAUACAGGCCAGCCCUACCUGGCACUCCGCCACCGCCAUCAACUGCCCACAUGGAAGUCGCCGGAGGAGAGCGAAAACUUGACGCUCGCCCAGCAACUGCCGCGCUUCAAGAUCGAUGCACGCACCUUAGGCUACAGCACCAAAUAUCAGCACGCAGUCAAUGUGCCCGGCUACUGGCCCAGCGCCAAUGCGCCCAACUUUGGCAUGCUCUCGUUUCAGUCGCGCGCCCACCUACAGCUGCGGCCCAAGUCCUGUGGCGAGCGUGACGACCUCGAGGCACUGCAUGCACUGGCCAUUCAGUCGUCCUAUGCCUGGCUGCUGGCGCAGGCCAACUACCAUGGCUUUAAUACCUACAACGAGCUCACCUAUCCCUGGAACACACAGACCGUGAUCACCAACGGACGUGAAUGGAGCUUCUAUGAAUAUCAGUUGAAUACGCUGCUGGUGCAUGGCGCGUAUGUGGACACGAAUCCGCGGGUUAAUUUCUGUCGCGGCACAGCACCACAGCCGCUAUACGCCGAGAUCUCGACUGAGGGCAAAUGCGUCGAUUUCAACGAUAACACGCUCCGUCAGCUGCUCGAGCUGUAUAUCCGAGCGCCGAGCAUUCGGCGCACCGCGGACGAGCUGCUGCCCUAUAUGGGCGGGCCGGCGCUGCGACGCGCCGCCGACUACGAGAAUGCGGAGCAGCGCGAAUUUCUCGAGCAUACAUUCAAGCAUCUGGCAUCGAAACGGCCGAGGCACCUGGAACUGCCCGAGGUCUAUAUGUGGGAGAAGAUCUACAAGAUUGACAACAAGACGCGAGCAUUGGAGGCGCGUCGUCGCUUCUUCGAACGGGACAUCAAUCCCUGGCGCCGCACCCUCGACCAGCACGACAAGGUCUACGUGCCGAAGGCGGAGCGACCCGGCGGCCGCAAGAAUCGCGAGGGUCGCUUCAAGAAGACCUACUAUCCCUAAUCCCCUUAAUUUUAAU